AUGAACAGUCUGGUGGCCACGCCUCCUGUUCCGCCACACUUCUACGAACCUUCUCGUUUCUCGCCAUCUCGUUCAAUGUCGACACCAUCAUCGUAUUCGACCAGCAGCCGCAAACGGAAAGCCGACGAGGAUGGCAACGACCACGAUGGACGUAUGUCGGCCUCGCCCACGAACUCGCCCGCCUUUACACCUCGAGUCCUGCCAACCAUCCGCAACAUCAAGCGAGCCCGACCCAAUGUCUCGGGCAGACCCCUUUCUCUCCCUCGCUUAUUAGAAACCCUCGACACCGAUGCCCUGCGAUCCGUCCUACGGUCUAUGGUUGAGCGCCAUCCCGAGCUGUCAGAAGAGGUGGUGCACACUUCUCCUCGCCCCAGCGUGACUUCGACGUUACAGGUGCUGCGAAACUAUCAGGUCACGCUGCAGUCGUCGUUCCCGUUGGGUGGCAACCCAAGUUCAGACUAUGCCUACAACCGAGUACGCCAGCCGCUGGCGAACCUGCUGGACGCCCUGAGCGACUUUACACCGCACUUCUUGCCCCCCCAUGAAAGUCAAACGACCGUCUCGCUAAGCUACCUCGACGGGGCUACCGAUAUCAUCCACUCGCUGCCGCGGUGGAGUACGCCCCAGAACAACGUUGAACGAGACGCUGCAUACGAUGAAAUCUGUAAGGCGUGGGUCCUCGUCAUCCGGGAGGCAGCUAAGCGUGGGGGUGGGAUCCAGCUACAGUAUGGCGGCUGGGAUCAGAAACUCGCCAAGCAUAACCAGAAUUCGGGGGGAAAGCUGCAGGCAGCCGUCCACGAACUCGGAGCCCGACUGGGCUGGAUGAACGGGCCAGAGGUACAGAACCUGGGAGGCCCAUCUGGCGGCGAGCUGCCUUCCAUUCGCGACCAACUCCUCUCUGGAACCUACGGGCUCGGCACUCCGGUCAGGGUCGGGCCUUGGUAG